AUGUUGAUGUCAACUAGGAGGUUCCUCGGGGUUUGGGACAGGAACACUGCGCAAAGUCCGUGCGUUUCCAGUAGAGUUAAAAAGGGGGGGUUCCCUCCUUCCAAGAAGCCGUGAGGGAUACAAGUGACAGCGCUAGCCGAUGCUGCCCAGCGAAGGAAGAGCCGCGUUCCGUCAGCUCGACAUGCUUUUCAACAAGUCGCUUAAGAUUUGUAUUUCCCUAUCGCUCUCUCUUCUGGAUACAUGUGCAGGGGGUGUUCUGUGAAAUACGCUUACGCCAAUAAAACGAUACCCCUGCAAACUGGAGUUUUGUUUCAGGCUGAAGAAAGAUGCGGUGCUCCGGGGUCUGUUUGGGUUUUACCGUUUGGUUUCUGCGCUGUGCGGCCGGAGAAUCUGGGCUGAUGCUACAGGGCAGAUUUGUGGUCAAACUGGGAGGAUUUUAUUACGAAUACUUGCGGGACCAGCUUCCCUGGCGUGACUCUCGACGUGCGUGUCAGCAGAAGUCCGGCUCCCUGGCAAUCAUAGUUCAGGCGCUUGGCAAAGACAUGGCUAUUUUUUGGUAUUUAUUGAAUGUAACGCAGCCAGCCUGGAUAGAAAAUAAGCAUUUUCAAGGUGACGUGGAGUCCUUCAUUUUGGAGUUCCCAGCCAUUAGGCCUAGUAAGCGCACCACUGCCAGCAUCCAUCAGCCCUUCCCAAGCCUGAGCGCCUUGACGGUGUGCAUGCGCCUGCAGCUUGAUCGAAGUCUUUACAGGAACUUCAGCCUGUUCUCCUACUCCACAUCAACAUCUUCUGCCGAGUUUCAGAUCAAGGCCUCUGUGACCCCCGGGGGUGUCAUCAGUCUAGCGUUGGUCGUGCGCGGAACACGCAAAGCGUAUUCACCGGCUUUUGAGAACGACGGUCGCUGGCACACGGUAUGCGUGAGCUGGACAGGGGAUGGAAGAAAAUGGUCCAUCACUGCCGAUGGCAUUGUCAAGGGGCAGGGGGGCGCAAUGUGCAGCCCCAGUAGCAUCGAUGGUGAUGGCCUGUUCGUUAUAGGUCAGUCCCAGGACGCACUUAGCAACUUCUCGAAGGAGGGCUUUUCUGGGAACAUUACACAGCUUAACAUUUGGGAGAGGGAGUUAAGCGUCAGUGAGAUCCGCUCCUUGGAAAAAGGCUGUUCAACGAUUUCCUCUGGAUUGGUUUAUAAGUGGAACUUCUCCGCCCUUGAAAUGGAUGAGUCCCUGAAGACGCACUGGGGAGUCUCAUGUGAAGGUGACAGAAAUGCCACGCCUGGACUUAUUAAUGUGACAAACCACAGGAAAUGCAUAACCUAUAACCCUUUAACUGGGAUCCUGAGCAGUGAUGACUGUGAGAAGCAAAAAGGGACAAUUUGUCAGUAUGAGAAAGAUGUAUUUGAGCGUCUUCACAAACUGAUUGUCUUUCCCACGACUUCAUUUUCCUCCAGUGUGGUGGAGUCAUACCGGUUGAAUUUAACCGAGUCAGAGAUUGUCCAGCUGGACGCCUUCCUCAAAGAGCUGCUGAGGGUUCUGGCAACAGACCCGGGCACCCUUACACCCAUCAACAUGUUCUACCUGAUGCAGAUCGUCGAUUUUGUGUCAAUGCAUGUGUCUGAGAGACUAAUGCCCUCUAAACUGAUCAGCCCUUUGGCUACCAAAAUGUUAGAGCUGGCCAGUGAAGUCAUCAGUGCUGGACUGGCUGACCGGUGGAUGGAUCUCGGUGAAGAGCUGGGGUCUAUCGGGUUCUUUAAUGUCAUAGAAACCAUUGACAAAUUGUUGGCAUCUUUGGCGGAUGUGCUGUCAUCUGAAGGGAAGAGCUUCACAUUCUCAUCAAAAAAUAUAGAUGUGAAUCUGGCACAGCAGAACCUGAGAGAGCUGAACCGCAGCUGCGUGUUCAAGUCGUCCACACCAGACGGCAGGGACGAGAUCAUCAUCCCCGACACGGAAAUCCUGCGGCUGCGUUCCCUUGGUCUAGAAGAUGUCAUCUUCAUCCACGUGUGUUAUAGAAACCUCACGGAAAUCCAGUUGAAAAAGUACCAGAAUCAUUUAUCAGUGGCUGAGAAAGAAAAGAACCCUCACACAGGUAGACUCGCGACUGCUGUCAUAUCUGCCACUGUACGAGAUUCCGCAAGGAGACAAAACAUCCCAGUUUCCGUCAAUUACACCCUGUCUACAGUCAGUGUGGUGGACGCCCCGCUGUCCAUCAAGCCUGUUUGUGUGUUUUGGAACUUCAGCCUGAUGAGCGAACAUCUGGAUGGUUGGUCAAGCGAGGGCUGCCAGGUCACUCACGCCGACUCGGCCGUAACGUCCUGCUUCUGCCGCCACACCACCAACUUCGCCGUGCUCAUGAAUUACAUGGAGCCCGAGUGGAGCUUCGAGGUGGAGGAUAUCCUGACCAAGCUGACUUUCAUUGGGUGUGGAGCAUCUCUCUGCGCUCUGAUAGUCACCUUGAUGCUCUUUACGGUCCUCGAUAUUCCCAAAUCGGAUCGGAACACCGUCCAUAGGAAUCUGUUCGUCGCUCUGGCAGCCGCUCAGAUAGUCCUGCUAUGCAGCGGCUCAGUCGCCAAUAACAAGGUGGCCUGCACUCUAGUGGCGGCUCUCCUCCACCUCUUCUUCAUGGCGGCCUUCAGCUGGAUGCUGGUGGAGGGCCUGUUGCUAUGGAGCAAGGUGGUGGCGGUCAACCUGAGCGAGGCAGGACACAUGAAGUACUACUACCUUAUUGGCUGGGGGCUCCCGGUUCUGGUGGUGGCCGUCACUUUGGCCUCGGCUUCUGGGAGGUACGCUGGGGACGGUCAUUGCUGGCUGAGCGUGCAGAAUGGUGUCAUCUGGGGCUUCGUGGGACCUGUCAUCUUCAUCAUCAUGGUGAACGUCAUGGUCCUCACGCGGGUGGUGGCUAUUGCCAUUUCCGCGGCCAAGAGGAGGUCCAUCAUGCUAGCACUGAAAAGCAGUCCUGCAGAGCAAACGUUUGAGCAGACCCGUGCGGCGGUGAAAGCAGUGAUGGUGCUGCUACCGAUCCUGGGUCUCACCUGGUUCUGCGGGGUCCUGGUGCCGUUCUCCAUUGUCAUGGCCUUCCUCUUCGUCAUCCUCAACUCUCUGCAGGGCCUUUUCAUCUUCCUUAUCUACGGGGUCUACAACACAGAGGUUCGGAGCACCAUCAACAAAUUCAAAGAGAGAAGGAGAGCCCUGAAUUUUUCGAAUUGGGGCAGCUCCAGGCCCUCCAGCUCCAUGACCAGUUCCCGUGUGGUCAGUACUCCGCUCCCUGGCUGUGCCAGUCACAGCCUGGACGAUGGAGGGGCCGACUGCCCCAACAGCACCCAGCUCGGCUCGCAGCCCACAGCCCUGGACCUCAGUGAAGACUCGUACGAGGGCUCUGUCCGUGCUGAUGGGGGGUCACAGCCAGAUUCCUGCGCUGGGGAAUGUCUGCAAGAGGGACCCGUCAGUCCGGCCUUAGGGCCUGUCGCACCUGCGAAGGAUUCCUGCUGUGUUCUUCACCUGACCAUGUAUGUGAAAUUCUCCUCCUGCUCCCACCAGAGACCAGCGCCGCACAGCCUGUGAUAAGCUGCAUGUUAUGGUCCGUUGGCUCGAGGCGUGAGUUGCAUCUUCUUUGUGAUUGCACUUUGUAGGCUUGCAUCUCGAGAUGUACUUCAGUGGCAGGUUUCUUGAUGUUACGGCUGAGGCAAAGUGCUUACAAUUCAUUCACCAUCCUGUCUUCCGAUUUCCUAUGUAAAAAAAAAAAUGGCUGUGAUGAUUUUAAGCUUUGCAUUUCGUUUGCCGACAGAAGUUAACGAUGGGGAAUCAUUAUAAUAAUAUGUCCAGAAAAACAAAGGAAAAAAUGUAUUUAACAUUAAAGAACAAGAAAGGCUGGAAUUUUUAAGGGUUGUUUGCUAAGUCUCACACCCUUUUCAGAGACCUGGUCUAGAAUUAUCAUUAAGCUUCAAUGACCAACAUUUAUGCAUGCAUUUUGUUUAUAUUUCUAAAUCAUUAAUGGACAGUAAAAGAAUAAUAGCUUUUUUCAAUUUUGCUUUGCCAGAAUAUUACACAGUCAUAAUGUGUAGCUAUGACUGAGUUGCUGGAAGAAGGGAGGGUCCCCCUAGUGUCCUCAGCCCAUUUCAUCACAUACAGUAUAGCCCAGAUGUGCUCCUGUGUACUGUGAAAGUUGUUGCAUUUACUAAAAAUGUGCUUUAUAACUCUAAUCUCUAAAACCACUGUGAUUAAUGCUUGUAUUUUUAUUGUAUAUUUUAAUGUAUUUUUUAAUUUAAUUAAAUGUUGCUUUUAGAUGUCAUCCCUGAUUACAGCCUAUUACAUGUUGGCAAAUGUAUUACAUCAGUUUAUAUUCUUUUCAUUAGUGUUAGUUUUCAUCAGUCAUGUCAUAAAUGUUUUUUUUAAUAUAUUUUUCUAAACAAAUUAAAUGACAUGUAACCCUGAUGAGAAUGUGAUUAAAGGAAAAAAAA